AUGAAGGCUUUCCUUUUCCUUCCCUUCAUGUUCUUGACCAUGUUCUCAGUGUCUUCAACCCAGACUUUGAAGACAAGUGUUAUUAAACUAGAAGAGGCUCCAGAACCUGCAUUUAUGUUCAAGGAAAAAAAUAAAGCUAAUGGUCAAGGAGGACAAAAGGAAUCUAAUAAGCAACAAGAUGGCAACACACAAAGGAAACCAGGAAUUUUUAUCCUGCGAGGACAUCCAGGGUAUUCUAACCAGCCAGGGAAACCAGGGAGUUUUAAUCAGCAAGGGAAGCCAGGAGUUUUAAAUCAGGCUGGGGGUCUGCAGGGGCAUUCAGGAGAAUCUAACCAAAAAGGUAGUUCAGGAAAUGCUAAUGGGCAAGGACAACUGGGAUCCUCCAGCCAACAAGAAAAGUCAGACUCUUCUGGCCAGCAAGUAAAGCCAGGGUCUGCUACCCAGCAAGGAGUUUCUGGGUCAUCUAGCCAGCAAGGAAAACCAGGAUCUUCUAGCCAGCAAGGGAAGCUGGCAUCUUCCAGCCAGCAAGGUGGUUUAGGGUCAUUUGGCCAGCGAAGAAAACUGGAAUCUUCCAGCCAGCAAGAAAAGUCAGGGUCAGCUAGCCAGCAGGGAAAACCAGGAUCUUCUAGCCACCAAGGGAAGCCAGUAUCUUCCAGCCAAAAAGGAGGUUCAGGGUCAGUUAGCCAGCAAGGAAAACCAGGAUCUUCUAGCCAGCAAGGGAAUCAGCAAGAAAAGUCAGAAUCUUCUGGCCAGCAACAAAAGCCAGGGUCAGCUAGCCAGCAAGGGAAGCCAGCAUCUUCCAGCCAGCAAGAAAAGUCAGAAUCUUUCAGUCAGCAAGGGGGUUUAGGGUCAUUUAGCCAGCAAGGAAAACCAGGACCUUUUAGCCAGCAAGGGAGGCCAGGAUCAUCUAGCCAACAAAGAAAACCAAGGUCUUUUUACAAUCAAGAAGAAAGAAAAAAUGUAGGCAACCCUUUGGAUGGCAAUAUGGAAAGUCAGACUGACACCAUCAGCAGCAAGAACUCAAUUGGAAAGACAAAAUGUAACUCUAUCUACAAACCAGUCUGUGGUUCUGAUGGGAAAACCUAUGGUAACCAUUGUCUAUUUAAUGAAGCAAAAAGGAAGCUGCUCACCAGCAAGCAGAUUAAGGAGACGCCUCAGCAGGUGGAAGUGGCUGAGAAAGAAAGGUAA